AUGAGUGCUUCUUUCAUAAACACUCCAAAGGGUUCAUUAACCUUUAAGGAUGUGGCUGUGGACUUCUCACUGGAGGAAUGGGAAUGUCUCGAUUUUGCUCAGAGGGCAUUGUACAUGGAUGUGAUGUUAGAGAAUUACAGGAAUCUAUUGUUUGUGGAAAAUCACCCCAUAUGCGGAAAUUAUAAGAAGGUCUUAGAUGAAGACACACUGUACAGUGUCCAUGAGCCUGUGAAUAUCCAAGAGAAGUCUUCUACAUGCAAUGAACUUAGCAAAAGGAUUCAUGAAUCUACCCAAAGUACACCUCAUAAAACUAACCUCAGAGAUGCAUCUCUUCAAUUCUCAAACCUAAAGAUACCUAAAACUGGGAACACCAAAGAUGUUUGCAUGUAUAAAGAAUGUGCAAGCAGUUUAAAUGUAUGUUCAGUAAUUAGUCUCAAUCACGGAAUCCACAUAGGAAAGAAAGAACAGAAUAGAAAUACAGAAUUUGAUGAGGUUUUUCUCUCUAAACAUAAACCAUUGGUAAAGAAAAACUGUAGUGGAGUGAAACUUUACAGAGGUAGUGAAACUGACCAGUGCUUUACCCAGAGAGACUGUCUUCAAAGUCAGGAGAGCAUCUAUCCAGGAAAGAAACCUCACAAAUGUAGUGAAUGUGAAAAAUGUUUUAAACAAAAAUUCAAUCUUAAGAUGCAGCAUAGAUUUCAUACAGGAGGAAAACUUUACAAAUGCAGUGAAUGUGACAAGUGCUUUGCCCAAAAAUCCCAACUUAGUAUUCAUCAGCGAAUUCAUACUGGUGAUAAACCUUAUAAGUGUAGUGAAUGUGAAAAAUGCUUUACUGUGAAAGGCAAUCUGAGAAUUCAUCAGAGGAUUCAUACAGGAGAGAAACCUUACAAAUGCACUGAGUGUGACAAAUGCUUUACUGAAAAAGGUAAACUGAGAAUUCAUCAGCGAAUUCAUACAGGAGAGAAACCUUACAAAUGCACUGAGUGUGACAAAUGCUUUACUGAAAAAGGUAAACUGAGAAUUCAUCAGCAAAUUCAUACAGGAGAGAAGCCUUACAAAUGCACUGAAUGUGACAAAUGCUUUACUGAAAAAGGCAAACUCAGAAUUCAUCAGCGAAUUCAUACAGGAGAGAAGCCUUACAAAUGUAGUGAGUGUUACAAAUGCUUUACCCAAAAAGGCAAUCUGAAUAUUCAUCAGAGAAUUCAUACAGGAGAGAAACCUUACAGAUGUAGUGAAUGUGACAAAUGCUUUCCCAGUAAAUCCCAUCUUAGUACACAUCUGAGAAUUCAUACUGGAGAGAAACCUUACAAAUGUAGAGAAUGUGACAAAUGCUUUACUGAAAAAGGCAGUCUGAAAAUUCACCAGAGAAUUCAUACAGGAGAGAAACCUUACAAAUGCACUGAAUGUGACAAAUACUUUAGCCGUAUAGGUAGUCUCAGAAGGCAUCAGAGAAGUCAUACAUGA